UCCCUAUGCUAUUAAUUUUCUUUCAAUGAUAAUGAGCUUGUUUCAUCAUGAAGAACCAUCAAACCCCUCCAAGAGAUGCAAGUUUCUCAAGGAUGCUUUCGCAACGUGCCAUACUUUCUGCGGAAAGUUUUCUUCUUGUAGCCUAAAACACGAAGAUGAUGAUGUCAGUGAGUACGACGAUGAACAAGAAAUUUUUGUUUCAGCAGUUAUAAGUCAAUACAUGGAAUCGAAGUCAAAGAGGAAGAGUGGACUUAUAAUGGAUAGCUUCAUAUGGGAUUUCCCCUUAAUUGAUGACUUACUUCCCAAUAGAAAGGAAAAACAACAUGCAUAUGCAUAUGCAAGUGAUGCUAAUGAAGAUAAAUAUGAGUUCCACUCUCCUUGUAGCCGCCUUUCUCGGUGUUCAAGUGCUACGACUGCAGAAGAGUUUAUGUCAGUAAAGACAAAUCUUUCUCGUUGUUCAAGCAUGAGCAGUAUCGAAUUUCCAAUGUUUAGAAGGAGACGGUCUAUAUUUCGUGAGCUUUGUCGUUGUGAGGGUUGGCCGUUUGGUUUGUGUAGGAAGGCUCUUCUUGUUCCCCCUCUUCCCAAAUCUCCAUCCGAAUCUUGGAUGUGGCGUAAAAACACCAGACUUAUCAACAUACCUUGAUUUUUACAUAUAUCAAUUAAGGUCCUUUCACCAUUUUGCAAGUAAAAUAAAGGAGGGAUCGAAUGCAAGAGAGCUUCAAAUUGGAAGACAGAGUCAUAAUCUUGCAACAAUUAUUGCAGUAUAUGUUGAUAUAUGACUGACCGAUCAAUCUAUAAAUUCAAUCAAAAUGAAA